GGCGCAGCGGCUUUGCCACCAGAGCCGGACGACGCAGCGUCAGAGGCGGCAUCGGGCUCCGAGGAGCGCGGCGACGAGAUUGGUUCCGAGCUCGGCGUCAAACAGGAUGAGCUUGAGAGUGCCAAGCGUGAGCUUGAGGAGGAAGAGGCUCCACCGCAGGGCGUGGUAGCCAAGGUUGAGAGCCACUCGCCCGAUGCUGCGCAUGCGAAUGAAGAGCGCUCGCCCGAGGCGGCAGCGCCGCAGGCGGAGGAGGGGGAGGCAGCUCAGGACGAUCCGCCAGCAGGCGCUCCCCAGGUAGGGGAGUUCGUGGAUGUGCAUGGCAUCGGGGAUAGCAUCGUGCGUUGCAACCGCUGCUGUCGCACGGCAAAGGAGUACAACUACAGGAUCAGAGCGAAUGGUCAGUCGACUUACCAGUGCGACGCGUGCAACACGAACGGGGUGCGCCUGUCUCGGAGGUUCGGACAGUGGCCGCCAAAGUGUUUCGCCAAAAUGAAGAAUGAGUUCAAGCAGCAGUUUCACAAGGAUCUGGCAGAAUAUCUUGGGCUGUCGAACCUCGAUCGCAUUGAAGCCUUCGUAGUCAGCUCAAUCACUGUCCAACGGAUGGAGGAGGAGCGCGUCCGCAAGGGUGGCAAGUGCCUUCCGCUGAGGAAGUGGGCGCACGACGGCUUCGACGCGAAAAAGAUCGAAGAUAAUGUGCAGGAUAAGAAGUGGAACCCUGAUCUCGGGGAGUGGACGCACGGGCCGCAAUUGGAGGCGGCCUGGAGCGAGACAGCGGAGGCCGCAGUGCGCAACGAGCUGUGCACCGAUAAGAUGGCGCAGGCGAAGCAGAGCGGCCCGCGAGCAGCGGCCUCGACGGGCGUCGCAGAGCACGGCGGCGACAAGGGCGACAGAAGCGACGAGAGCGACAUGUCCAGAUCCAGGAGCCGCUCGCGCGGCGACCGCGACAGGAGCAAGGGCCGCCGCAAGGGCAGGAGCAAGAGCCGCGGCAAGAGCAAGGACAGGAGCAAGAGCAGGGAUAAGGGCGCUGAUAAGGAGCGGGGGCGGCAGGAGGCGAGGGGGAAGGCCGAGCAGGCCAAGAAGGAGACGCAGGAGAAGAACCUGGCGCUGAAGUGGAUCGGCACCGCAACGGGGCUCGAGACAGAGCUGGACGGGUACCUCGAGCAUGAGAAGGCGGACAAGGUGCCGUCAUGGGCUGUGAAGAACGCGAAGGCGGCGAGGAAGUCUGUGGCAGUCAUGAAGGCGGUGGCGCAGAAGCGCGUGCACAGCGGCGUGGCGCUGACGAUCACGCAGGACGAGGCCAUGAGCAUCCAGAAGGAUGCGAGCUCGGCGGCGAGGGCCAUCGCGGGGAUGCUCAAGGAGGCGCAGAAGUACGGCACCUGA